AUGGUCCAAAAUGAACAUAAACUGACGCUGAAGAAGAAGAGGAUCCGCCAUGACCAGCUCACCAUACCAGAGCAGAGCACGCCGCCUACAAUCGAACCGAUAGAAAAGAUCGCGCUGACCAAUCCCUGUCCGCUGUGCAUCGAGCACGAACUGGUGAGCGACGUCAUCGACAAACUGCAGUUUGCCUCCGAUAAGAACAAGAUCCAGGAGAAGAUCGUCAAGAGGCAGGACGUGGAAGGCACGGAAGACAGGCUGCACAACGUUUCCGCUUGUCACCUGCCGAAAUCUAGGGAGAUUAUACAGAAGCGGUAUCAGUGAAUUCUCGGCAGUUUUCUUUACGGAAAUAAAAAAUUUUCGUAUUGAUAAAAUUAUUCUGCAUGAAAAAUGAGUGACAGUCCGCUCCCUUCAAUUUUCCUCAAAAAUCGAGCUGGGGACAUUUGAACUACUUUUUAUUUAUCUCUUUGGAAAAUGCAGAAAACACACCAAAAACGUUGAGAUUGUCCACCCUGUACAUCUGUAAAGAUAUAUACAAAUUCUUGUCAAAAUUUCUACAAAAUAAAAAUUGUCGUAUAUGGACAACUUAUUCAGCCUCAAAAUUUUCCGAGGAUGGAAAAUACCUUGGACGUAAAGACGGAGUUAUCGCCAUUCAAAUUUGUCAAUAUUCGAGCCCAGGACAUUUGAACUACUCAUCUAUCUCGUUUUCUUUAUAAAAAUAAAAAUUUUCAAUACAAUCAACGUCUAAACAUGAAAAAAGGCUUAGAAUAUAGAGAUGCAGUUCAGU